UUGCAGUUCCUGGGUAACAGAGCCACCUACUGCAUCCUGCUGAGCUCUGUUCUCUCCAGCACCUCCUGUCCCACUAGUGCCCGGUGUUCUUGCUCCACCAGGAACAAGCCAUCAUGUCUCGCCAGUCGAGUGUGUCCUUCCGGAGUGGGGGCAGCCGCUCCUUCAGUGCUGCUUCUGCUAUCACCCCGUCUGUCUCUCGCACCAGUUUCACCUCCGUGUCCCGGUCAGGGGGUGGCGGUGGUGGCAGGGUCAGCCUUGGGGGUGUUUGUGGAGCAGGUGGCUAUGGCAGCCGGAGCCUGUACAAUCUGGGUGGCUCCAAGAGGAUUUCCUUCAGCGCUAGCGGUGGAGGCUUCAGGAACCGAUUUGGUGGUGCUGGAGGUGGCUUUGGCUUUGGAGGUGGAGCCGGCAGCGGAUUUGGUUUUGGCGGUGGAGCUGGUGGUGGUGGUGGCUUUGGGCUCGGUGGUGCAGCUGGCUUUGGUGGUGGCUAUGGGGGCUCUGGCUUCCCCGUGUGCCCCCCUGGAGGCAUCCAAGAGGUCACCGUCAACCAGAAUCUCCUCACCCCUCUGAACCUGCAAAUUGACCCCACCAUCCAGCGGGUGAGGACUGAGGAGCGGGAGCAGAUCAAGACCCUCAACAACAAGUUCGCCUCCUUCAUCGACAAGGUGCGGUUCUUGGAGCAGCAGAAUAAGGUCUUGGACACCAAGUGGACUCUGCUCCAGGAGCAGGGCACCAAGACAGUGCGACAGAGCCUGGAGCCUUUGUUUGAGCAGUACAUCAACAACCUCAGGAGGCAGCUGGAUGGGAUCCUCGGGGAGAGAGGCCGCCUGGACUCAGAACUGAGGAACAUGCAGGACCUGGUGGAGGAUUUCAAGAACAAGUAUGAAGAUGAAAUCAACAAGCGUACCACCGCUGAGAAUGAGUUUGUGAUGCUGAAGAAGGAUGUGGACGCUGCCUAUAUGAGCAAGGUGGAGUUAGAGGCCAAGGUUGAUGCCCUGAUGGAUGAGAUCAACUUCAUGAAGAUGUUCUUCGAUGCGGAGCUGUCCCAGAUGCAGUCACAUGUCUCUGACACAUCCGUGGUCCUCUCCAUGGACAACAACCGCAGCCUGGACCUGGACAGCAUCAUUGCUGAGGUCAAGGCCCAGUAUGAGGACAUCGCCAACCGCAGCCGAACUGAAGCCGAGUCCUGGUACCAGACCAAGUAUGAAGAGCUGCAGCAGACCGCUGGCCGGCAUGGGGAUGACCUGCGCAACACCAAGCAUGAGAUCUCUGAGAUGAACCGCAUGAUCCAGAGGCUGAGAGCUGAGAUCGACAAUGUCAAGAAGCAGUGCGCCAACCUGCAGAACGCCAUUGCCGAUGCUGAGCAGCGUGGGGAGCUGGCCCUCAAGGAUGCAAGGAACAAACUGGCAGAGCUGGAGGAGGCCCUGCAGAAGGCCAAGCAGGACAUGGCCCGGCUGCUGAGGGAGUACCAGGAGCUCAUGAACACCAAGUUGGCCCUGGACGUGGAGAUUGCCACCUACCGCAAGCUGCUGGAGGGCGAGGAGUGCAGGCUGAGUGGAGAGGGUGUUGGACCAGUCAAUAUCUCUGUCGUCACAAACAGUGUCUCCUCUGGCUAUGGCGGUGGCAGCGGCUUUGGCGGCGGCAGUGGCUUUGGUGGAGGCCUCGGUGGAGGCCUCGGCGGAGGCCUCGGCAGUGGUCUCGGUGGAGGCAGCGGCGGUGGCUACUACUCCAGCAGCAGUGGGGGUGUUGGUAUGGGCGGUGGGCUCAGUGUGGGGGGCUCUGGCUUCAGUGCAAGCAGUGGCCGAGGGAUGGGAAUGGGCUUUGGCAGUGGUGGGAGCAGCAGCUCCAGCGUCAAAUUUGUCUCCACCACCUCCUCCUCCCGGAGGAGCUUCAAGAGCUAAGAAGAGCCUGCUAGAGGUCACCCUGUCCCAAGAGCAGCCACAGUGGUGGAGCCACCUCUGCUAGGCAAUUAGUUGCCCAAGCCAAGUUUUCUCCUUUUCUGGAGAGUAGUCUAGACCCAGGCUACUGCAGAACCACAUUCUUUGGUUUCUGGGAGGACCCAAUUCCCAGUCUCUGGUAUCCCAUGUCACAGUUCUAUAUUUGGCUUCAAAUCAGUUGUUAGUUCCCUGUACCAUGGUCCUUGGGACAUGAGAAUUCAAAGUUUUCCAGUAUCUAAGCCAGCAAAACAGAAUCCCCACCCCAGUGCCCACCCCAAUUUUGAGCUGGUUCUGAAUACCUCCAGAGUAUGUUCAAUAAAAUGCUUUUCUAAUAUAA